AUGUUUUCGUACAUCGAAAAUCUAAAUAAAUCUAAACAAUGUGUGAAAACAUAGAUAAAUGCUGUCGGAUCUGUUUAGAUAUGAAUUCAAAUCAUGUUUGCAUCCUCAACGAUCCAACAAUCGUUUUACAUUUGAAAUCCUGCCUCACAAUUACGAUUUCACCCGGUGACCAUCUUCCAAAAGAUAUUUGCGUUUCUUGUGUGGACCAGUUAAGCCAAUUUUACAAUUUUCAACUGAAUGCACGGUGCUCACAAGACUGGUUAGAGUCUUGCUUACAAGGAAAAUGUAAAAAGACUACUGAAACUAAACUAACCGUUCAGCCACUACCAGACUCCGAGUACAACUCGGAUUCGUUGUUGGAGUUUUUGAAUAACACCGAAAACAUUGAAGAAUACCUGAAUAACCUUGGAAAAGAGGAUAUACCAUCGAUAGUUAAUAUGCUUGAUCGAAAUGAGCAUACAAAUGACUCUGUCAAAAACAUGAACAAAACUAUUAAACAAUGCAGCCCCAAGAAAAAAGAGAAAACGAAAAACUUGCAAAUGGAGAUAGAUGUCUUAGAUUCGGAUGUCGAAAUAGUUAAAGAAAUAAUAUUGAAGGAAUCGGAUACAAAAUUAAAAACAAAUAAAAAAGAUAACAAUCCACUAGUAUGUUUCGCAUGUAAACUAAAAUUUGACACUAUCCAAAAACUAUCACAACAUAUCAGCACAUGUGAUAGAUCACAACGUAACUGUGUCCAAUGCAAUAUACUAUUUGAUUCAAAGACGAAGCUGCAACAACAUUUACUUACCCACAAUCAACCAUUUCCAGUGACUUGUGAGUGUGGUGACACAUUCAACAACAAGGAGAUGCUAAUGAGGCAUAGACAGACCUGUUAUGCAGACCAGCUUCAGUCCAUGGGUUGGGGAUACAAGUGCAAGGAAUGCGGUGAUGUUUUCAAAGAUCGAUUCCAGCUUUACAGGCAUGCAAAGGAGCAUGUAUUGAAGUCAGAUCAGAGGGUUUGUGAUAUAUGUGGUCAUACAUUCAUUGGAUCUGAUGCUUUAUUAAAACACAGGAAUGAGGACCAUAAAAAACCUGCAAAUGUGGCUUACAAAUGCAAAGUAUGCAACGAAACUUCAAUGGAUCGCAAGGAAAUGUAUCAGCACGUGAAAAAGCACACAGAGAGAUCUGAACCCAUCCGGCACCUUUGCGAUUCGUGCGGUCGUAGUUUCGCUACCAGAGCGUCGUUAUCCAGACACUGUUUACAACACGACAACCACAAGGCUAAGUGCCGGAUUUGUGACGCAAAGUUUACGAGCGACAAGGAUUUGGACGUACAUAUUUUGGAGCACAUUGAGCUAGUGAUGUGCGACCAGUGCGGUCAGAAUGUGAUCAAUUAUAAAUUGAAAGAUCAUAAGUGUUCCUGAUUACUGCUAGGUAUUCUUUGUUACCUCAAACUUUGUUUUCACUAUCACUGCAUUUACGAGAGGUACUAGUUUAGUCACGCGGCGUCGCUUGAGUUCAUGUAGAAACUAAUAAGAUGUUCUUCAGGAAUAGUAGUCUUCUUUUGUUUUAUUUAUUGCGUAGACGGGUGGAUGAGAUCACGGCCCAUCUGUUGCUAAGUGAUUACCGGAGCCAAUAGACAUCAACAACGUAAAUGCCGCGACUCAUCUGGGGACACGAGUCUAAAUCUCAGUUUUCUAAAUGAAACGUUGCAUAGGUACAUAUUUCCUGUUCAGUACUUUUUUUCUUUUUUUUGCCUAUCUGCGAUCAGCUCUUGAAUAUGAGCAGAUGUGUUGCGUGUGCCAUCGCGUCAAAGAGGCUCCUCGCCAGGAGACUCCUCUUUAAUCACCAUCUGUCACCUACUCCCAGUAUUACAGUAUACACCUUCAGUAUUAUAUGACAUGUAUUUCAUGACGAUUGCUUAAGUAAAGAUAUGAAAGCAUCAAGAACAAACUCGGCUUGCGUGCGGAUGAAAAGUUGGUGGAAUUGUACCAGAAAUCUCUUCAUACGAACAGCAACUUUUUUGAGGUAGGAGGAAUUAUCUACAAUCCUCGGAGAGGGUUUAUCGGAGGAAUUAUAUCCUCGCCCGGAUGUCCAAUUUCACCAGGACAAGUGGACAAGUACGGGAGCCAAGAGGGGUGAGAUUAGCUAACAGCUCAAGGGCCGCUACUUGGUGAAUGCAUCUACUACCGGAUCGGAAUCACGACCCGCUGAGAAGAUCCAGUGCAAAAUUCAAUGGGCUGAUAAACGGGUUAAGUUUCACGUCUAACUCUUUGACGAGUUCAACGAGUACGGUUACCAAACACCCUAUGCCUGCUCCUAGUGUUAAAAUCUACAGGCGUCCAAUAAUUGUCUUAGUGAAUCGGGUGGAUCCGUAAUGACGUGUGAGUCAGCAACUGUAUGUACUUUAUUUCAACGUAAACAAACAAUAAACAACAUGCUCAUAGAAUACAAAAAUUAUCAUACGACAAACAAACUAACCUACAAAUUUGUUGUAGACACCUAUUGAUUAUUGAGGUAGGUCUACGACAAUAAAUUAUUUAA